UUCGAGAAGGACAUGAAAAGAACCAACACCAAAUUCCUGGCGUUAGCAACAAAUGUGGAAAGGGACGAGGAGAAGACCUCGGAACCUCCAAGAGAAAUCAAGGAAAUACUGAAGGAGUUCCAAGACAUUCUUCCCGACGACCUCCCAAACGAGCUACCGCCAUAUCGAACUCACCAACACGAGAUCGUAGAGGAACCAGGUUUGAAACCGACCUUCUCAGCACCAUAUCGGCUAAGCCCCACAGAACUAGCCGGCCUGAAGAAAGAGAUUGAGUAUAUCCUCGCCAAAGGACUCAUCCGACCAUCCAUUUUGCCAUACGGUGCCCCAGUAUUCUUCACACCGAAACCAGACGGAAGCCUGCGCAUGUGCAUCGACUACCGGGCUCUCAAUAAGCAGACCAUCAAGAACAAGUACCCGAUUCCACGAAUCGAUGAUCUGCUUGACCAGCUUCGGGGAGCCACGGUAUUUUCAAAACUAGAUCUGCGGUGCGGAUACUGGAUGGCGAACUUCGACAAUGCCGAAGAAAUACUGAAGGAGUUCCAAGACAUUCUUCCCGACGACCUCCCAGACGAGCUACCGCCAUACCGAAAGCACCAACAUGAGAUCGUGGAGGAACCAGGUUCGAAACCGACCUUCAAAGCACCAUAUCGGCUAAGCCCCACAGAACUAGCCGACCUGAAGAAACAGAUCCAGUAUCUCGUUGCCAAAGGACUCAUCCGACCAUCCACUUCGCCAUACGGUGCCCCAGUACUCUUCACAACAAAACCAGACGGAAGCCUGCGCAUGUGCAUCGACUAUCGGGCUCUCAAAAAGCAGACCAUCAAGAACAAGUAUCCGAUUCCACGAAUCGAUAAUCUGCUUGACCAGCUUCGGGGAGCCAUGGUAUUUUCAAAACUAGAUCUCGCUUACUAUCCACAGCAGUUCCUUGGCUUUGCUAACUACUACAACAGGUUCGUGCCGCAAUACGCGAAGAUCGCCGCGCCACUCACAAAUUUGCUGAAGAACAACACACCCUAUAAAUGGGAGCCACAACACCAAGAAGGCAUGGAGCAGCUGAAGCAAGCACUCACGUCCGCACGCGUACUCAACUUGCGAGACCCCGAACGCGACUACGUCAUCGAAGCUGACACCAGCGACCAGGCAGUGGGAGCAGUCUUGAUGCAAGACCAGGGGAAUGGCCUACAACCAAUUGCCUACCUCAGCAAAAUAUUACAUGGGGCAGAACUCAACUACCCGAUACACGACAAGGAGGCCCUUGCUAUCAUCAUCGCCUUCAAAACGUGGAGAUGUUAUCUCAAAGGACGCAAGACGACAGUCUACAACGACCAUUGCAGCCUAAAAUAUUUGAAGACACAACCAAGCCUCUCCAGGCGGCAGGUCCGGUGGAUUGACUUCCUCGAGACGCACUUCCACUAUAACAUCGUGUACAAGCCUAGCCAUAAAAGCAAAGCAAAUGCGCUUAGCUGGCCUGCGCACUGUAAUGUAAACCCUCUUCUUGUCCCAGAACAGCCAUGGCAAGUGGUAAGCCUAGACUUCAUCACCGGGCUACCAACUACCACAAGUGGUCAUGACGCGAUCCUUGUCGUCAUUAACAAGUUCUCCAAAAUGGGGCACUUCAUCCCGACACACACCACAGCACGCACCAAGGAGAUGGCACAACUCUUUGUUCGCUACAUCAUCUCACAACAUGACAUUCCGACCACACUCAUCUCCGACCGAGACCCUAAGUUCACCAGUAAAUUCUGGAAAGAACUGAUGUCUCUACUCGGGACCAAACUCGCCAUGUCAUCCGCCUACCAUUCGCAGACAGAUGGACAGACCAAGCGCCUCAACCAAAUUGUGGAGCAACUCCUACGCGCAGCCUGCAAGGACGACAUCUCCAAAUGGGACUUGCAUCUGCCCAUCCUAGAGUUUGCCUACAACAAUGCUACUCACACCGCUACUGGACAGACGCCGUUCUUCCUAUGUUACGGACACCACCCACUCACACCUCAACAGCCAAACAUACCAGCCACAGCGGUGGAAGGGACUCCGCCGAGCCGCGAGAAGAGAGAGAGAGAGAGAGAGAGAGAGAGAGAGAGAGAGAGAGAGAGAGAGAGAGAGAGAGAGAGAGAGAGAGAGAGAGAGAGAGAGAGAGAGGGAGAGAGAGAAAGAGAGAGCGAGCGAGCGAAAGAGAGAGAGAGAGAGAGAGAGAGAGAGAGAGAGAGAGAGAGAGAGAGAGAGAGAGAGAGAGAGAGAGAGAAAGAGAGAGAGCAAGAGAGAGAGAGAGAGAGAGAGAGAGAGAGAGAGAGAGAGAGAGAGAGAGAGAGAGAGAGAGAGAGAGAUGGAGAUCAAGAAAGAGGUAGAAAGAUAGGUAUACAGAGAGAGAGCAAGAGAGGUAGAGAGAGAGUACAGCUACCCAACUGGAACGAUACUGGAGAUAUCCCAGUAGAGACACUCGCACGAUUCGAGAAGGAUGUGAAGCGGACCGACACCGGGUUCCUGGCGAUAGCAACAGAGGUGGAGAAUGACGGAGAGGAAGCCUCGGAAACUCCAGAAAAAAUCAAGGAAUUAUUAAAGGAGUUCCAAGAUAUUCUUCCUGACGAUCUUCCGAACGAGCUACCGCCAUACCGAACGCAUCAACACGAGAUCGUGGAGGAACCGGGUUCGAAGCCGACCUUCCGAGCACCAUAUCGGCUCAGCCCUACGGAGCUGACUGACAUGAAAAAACAGAUCGAGUAUCUCCUAGCCAAAGGACUCAUCCGGCCAUCCACUUCGCCGUACGGUGCCCCAGUACUCUUCACACCGAAACCGGACGGAAGCCUGCGCAUGUGCAUCGACUACCGAGCUCUUAACAAGCAGACCAUCAAGAAUAAAUAUCCGAUACCGCGAAUCCAUGACCUGCUUGACCAGCUUCGGGGAGCUACGGUAUUUUCCAAACUGGAUCUGCGGUCCGGAUACUGGCAGAUACGGAUGGCGGACAACUCUAUCCACAAAACUGCUUUUCGAACUCGGUACGGAUCGUACGAGUAUUUGGUCAUGCCAUUCGGACUCACCAACGCGCCGGCCACGUUCCAAGCCGAAAUGAACCACAUUCUACGACCACUUCUGGACGAAUGCGUGGUGGUGUACUUGGACGACAUACUCAUCUACUCGCGCGACAUGAAGCAGCACGUCGAACACCUGCGACGCGUCUUCGAAAUUCUUCGACGAGAACGAUUCUAUGUCAAACUGUCCAAGAGCGAAUUCGCCCUUGAAAAGGUCCAGUUCCUAGGGCACAUGGUGAGCGCUCAAGGAGUUCACGUCGACCCCAAGAAAAUCGAAGCCGUACGUACGUGGAAGACACCCGAGAACGUGAAGGAGUUGCAGCAGUUCCUAGGCUUCGCUAAUUACUACAACAGGUUCGUGCCACAGUAUGCGAAAAUCGCAGCACCACUCACGAAUCUGCUGAAGAAGAACACGCCCUACAAAUGGGAACCAAAGCACCAGGAAGCCGUGGAGCAGCUGAAACAAGCACUCACGUCUGCACCGGUACUCAUCUUGCCAGAUCCCGAACGCGACUACGUAAUCGAAGCUGACGCCAGCGACCAGGCAGUGGGAGCAGUCUUAAUGCAAGACCAGGGGAAUGGACUACAACCAAUUGCCUACCUCAGCAAGAAACUGCACGGGGCAGAACUCAACUACCCGAUACACGACAAAGAGGCUCUUGCUAUCAUCAUCGCCUUCAAAGCGUGGAGAUGCUAUCUCGAAGGACGAAGAACAACCGUCUACACCGACCACUGCAGCCUGAAAUACUUGAAGACACAACCCAACCUUUCCAGGCGGCAGGUCCGGUGGAUUGACUUCCUCGAGACACACUUCCACUACGACAUCGUGUACAAGCCCGGCCACAAGAACAAAGCAGACGCUCUCAGCCGGCCUGCACACGUUGCCGCGAUUCAGGUCGAAGGGAUGAAUCCACUACUCAAGGGACUCUUCACCCACGGGUAUGCCAUCGACCCCGAAAUUCCCUUGGCAGAAAAGCGACAUCUGCUACAGUGGGACAGUGACAUCGCGUACCGGAAAGGAUCAACAAAAAUCUGGGUACCCAAUUACCCUCCUUUGCGCCAGUUACUACUCGAAGAAUACCACGACGUCCUGUACGCCGGACACUUCGGUAGCAACAAGACGCUCACCGGUAUCGCCAAACACUACUACUGGCCCCAUAUGGCAGACGACGUCCAGAAAUUCGUCACCUCGUGUGAUACAUGUCAGCGGAUGAAGAGCAGCAAGCAGAAAAAGGCGGGACUACUGCAACCUCUUCCUCUCCCAGAACAGCCGUGGCAAGUGGUCAGCCUCGACUUCAUCACCGGGUUACCACCUACCACCAGCAGUCAUGACGCCAUCCUUGUCGUCAUUGACAAGUUCUCUAAAAUGGGACACUUCAUCCCGACACACACGACGGCACGCACCGAGGAGACAGCACAGCUCUUCGUUCGUCACAUCAUCUCACAGCAUGGCAUCCCAACCACACUCAUUUCCGACCGAGACCCCAAGUUCACCAGCAAGUUCUGGAAGGAACUUAUGUCUCUUCUCGGGACCAAACUCGCCAUGUCAUCCGCAUACCAUCCGCAGACAGACGGACAGACCGAGCGCCUCAACCAAAUUGUUGAGCAACUCCUCCGAGCAGCCUGCAGGGACGACAUCUCCAAAUGGGACUUGCACCUGCCCGUUCUGGAGUUUGCUUACAACAACGCCACACAUGCCGCUACUGGACAGACGCCGUUCUUCCUCUGCUACGGACGCCACCCACUCACACCACAAAAACCGACAGCAUCAGCUACAGUCCAACCAGCACAUGAUUUCAUUACAACCAUGCAUCAACUUUGGGAUCGGACCCAUAAGCGCCUCCUUGACAUUCAACAGCAACAGAAGCGCCAGGCCGAUCGCCAUCGCAACGACCACACCAUUUCUGUGGGAGACCAGGUGCUCCUCGACACCCGCAACCUGGACAUCAGCCAUCUCCCAUCUAAACUUCGACCUCGCUUCUGCGGACCUUUUCUCGUUGAAGCACAGGUCACUCCUGUUACCUUCCGCUUACGCCUGCCAGCUACCUGGAAGAUUCACAACGCCUUCCACGUCCAACUUCUGAAGCCCUAUCGGGACCCAAACACAAUUUUCGUCGGACGCCAACCGCCGCCGCCACCGCCCGUCCUCGUCCAGAAUGAACCCGAGUACGAGGUCGAGUCCGUGCUCGCACACCGCCGUCGUCGGAAUGGCACCGUGGAGCUUCUCAUCCGUUGGAAGGGUUAUGAUCCUUCUGAGGACAGCUGGGUACCUGAGUCCGACAUGGGUAACGCCCGUCGUCCUCUGCAUGACUACCUUGUCAAGCAGGGUGUUACUUCUACCACCCAGCUUUGAGGGGGGGAAGUGUGAGAGUACGACC